GCCGCUGCGGCUCUGCAAGCUGAACUGGAGGGCGGGGGCAGCUGCUACUGCCUUGGAAACCACUGCGGCGGCGACUGCGCUAUCCCUGUCUGGGCAGCCCAGCUCUAUUGGGUUGCCUAGACAGUUCCGUGGCUGAGGAGCCAUCCUUUCCCUGCAGGGCCUAAGAGACGAGACAGCUAUUCGUGACGCCUGACCAUCCACCCGCUGUCCAUCUACGAAGCCCAGGUAAAGAAAAAGAGACCAUCAAAGGCGAUUCCAAACUGGAAUUCUGUGUGGCUGAUUGCGGAGCUGUCUAAACUAGAGAUUCGGAGCACCCGGAUCUGAGAAGCCAGUGGACAGAGAUCAACCCAACCCAGGACCAGAACUCACGGAAAGCACUUGUUGCAGAGACUGGGUUUAGUGAAGGUGAAGGCCAGUUCCCAAGCUCUGUUCCUACCCAAACACAAGGAAGACAGUGCCCAGGAGCGUUGCUUUGGAGGAUUCUGUCGAGUGGGCUGGUUUUGUUCGCCCAAGCAUCAGAUAUCCAAUUGUUGUCAGACAUGGCUAGCAUCCUUGCUGGGAUGGGUAGCAGCCGAAGGCAGAAUGCAGCUUUUCUGCCUUUGGCCCAUUCCAUGCUGAGGGCCCUGGGGAGGAGUCUUGGUCCUUUGAUAGCCAACAUUGCAGAUAGAAACUUGAAGCCGUUCUCUGGGAAGGCAGAGCUGGCCCUGGGGGAAGAAACCUUUGAGAACUGGCUAAGCCAAGUCCAGGAGGUCUUGCCAGACUGGCAUAUGCCUGAGGAGGAAAAGGUCAAACGCCUGAUGAGAACCCUUAGGGGCCCUGCCCGGGAGGUAAUGCGUUUGUUCCAGUCUGCCAAUCCCAAUCUAAAUGUGGCAGAAUUUCUGCGGGCAAUGAAACUGGUCUUUGGGGUGUCUGAGAGCAGUGUGACAGCACAUGGUAAAUUUUUAAACACCCUGCAGGCACAUGGAGAGAAACCUUCCCUGUAUAUGAUCCGUUUAGAGGUACAACUGCAGAAUGCUAUCCAGGCAGGGGUCCUUGCUGAGAGAGAGGCAAACAGGAUUCGCAUGCACCAGCUCCUUGUAGGGGCUGAGCUCAGUAGGGACCUGCGCAUCAAGCUUAAGGGCCUUCUCCAAAUGCAUGCCUAUAAUGAGCAGGAAAGCCUUCCUGACUUCCUGGAGUUAAUCAGGAUGGUGAGGGAGGAAGAAGAGUGGGAUGACACUUAUUUUAACCAUAAGCGGCCCAGAAGAGCUGAGACAAUAAUGGAGAGGGCCGCCAGUCCUGUAGUGUUUCAGGGCUCCCUGCCUAUAGUGAUAGGCAGCAACGACCGCAAUGUAAUAGAGAUAGAUGAUUCCCCGGAUGACUCAGAUGAAGAUGUGAUCCUGGUGGAGACUGAGGACCCUCCACUGUCAUCCCCAAGUACCCCAUCCCUCAGAGGCAGAACCCCUACACAGGAUGAAAUGCUGGCUAUUGAAUCCCCCAGCGAUUUUGAUGAUGAGUCUCCUUCCACUAGCAGUGGUUCUGGGCAAAGGAAUAAUGGGCCUGGGGAUCUACGUAGAAGCAGAAAGCGAAAGUACCCCAUCCGCUGUCCCCAUUGUGGUGAGGAGGGCCAUGCAAAAGAAACCUGUGACAACACCAGCAACCAUGGCCAGGUUUUUGAGAAUCUGAUAGUCACACUGCAGGAGCUGACUCAUAUGGAGAGAUCAAGACCCUCUGCACCAUACUAAGGUGUGAGGCUCAGCCCCAGAUCAAUGUUUAAGUCUCUCCAGAUGCUGUUUCUGGAGAAACCAAGGACAGGGUGGGCUUCAGAAGGAAUUCAUUAAAAAACAGUCUUCUUUGGGGGAAGAAAAGGCAGACUUGUACACAUAAAGGAGACAGAUGGCCCCUACAUCAUUUCUUGCUUAUUCCCUCUGACUGCUUAAUGGUUGUUUCUUUGUGUGUCUUUCUUCGGUGAUUUAAAUCUGUUCAUAAAGUGGUAUCUUUUGGAACCUGCCAAAUGAAAUUAAAAAAAAAACCCCUAAAGUACGUAUUACCUGAAAUUCUCACCCUGAUACAAUCAUUGUCAACCCUUUAGUGAAUGUUCUUCUGUGUAUUUUCCUGUACCUUUGUGCCUAGAUAUGUAUGUAUAGAUAAAAGUGAUCAAAUAUAAGUGCUGUUCUAUAUGUAUUUUUUCAUCAAGCAGUAUAUAUCGUGGACUUCUAAAUAAAUGAAUAUAUAAGCAUCUAA